UACAUAAGACUGUAUAUCUCUAAAGUAUUAGAGAGUAAGAGUCUAAAAUAUUGGACUAUGCUACAUAAGACUGUACACUACAUAAGUUACUACACGAGACACAUUUGUUGAGAAAAGUCCUAUUCGGUCUUUAAUAUUAUUUAAAUUUUAGUAGUGAAAAAUGAUGAUCAACCGUAAACAACUAAUUCGAACUUAUCAAAGGAAAACUGCGAAGAAAACUUUUAUAAAUGUUUCAUUAGCACCACCUGUCAUAUCAAGUGAAAAAUAUCAUAUUGAGAACAGAGAUUAUCUUACCAAUGAAGCUUGUAAUGAUUCCACGAUUCAUGAUCCAUUUGAAACUACAUUUGACAGACUCGCCAAAGGAGCAGUUAUACCUCCUUUACCAUUGGAUGUAAGUCAAAGUAAUUCAUGGAAUAGUAGCAGUGACAAUAAUAUAACCAAUCUCGCAAAAUCUCCAGAAUAUGUAACGUGCAAUCUGUUUACCUAUAAUGAUACAUUUGGUUCAACACAUAAGAGUGUUAAGCAUAUUUGUAAAUGCAAGAAGUCACAAAAAUAUAAAACAAAAGUUAUUAGAGAACAAGUGUAUAAGGAGACAAAAGUAAUAUCAAUAAAAAAUAAGAUACGAUCAAAGGCAAAAAUACAGGCACAAAAAGUACAAACAAAUAAUACACAAAGACAGAAAAUAAUACAAUAUAAACUGAAAAAGUCUAGCUGCAAGUUCAAUGAACGUACACAUUGCUCUGAUACUACAAAUGAUUUAAAAGAUGCUGACCACAAAGAUAUUUUAUAUAACUAUAACAAUAAACAGCUACCUCAAAGUGUUUUUAAAAUUAACGAAGAUACUACUAUAACUUCACAAACCACAUCGAGUCAGGCUGACGAUUCUACUGCAAUUUUCAAACAUACAUUGAAUCAUAAAAAGAUUAAACCAUGUUGUGUCAAGUUAAACACUCACGCUAUUCAAAAUUGGCAUAUAUUAAAUCAGGAGAAAACUCUGAGAAAUAAGAGAAAUAUAAAGCAUUCAUAUAAAAGAACUUCACAGGCUAACAAGGAUACUUUUAAAAUACAUGAUAUAACUUUGCCAUCGAUAUCAAUCGAUCAUAAUGUCUCUGAAACAUCGAAGCAUAUACGGAUUAAAUCAUGUUCUAUAGCAUUAAGUGAUGUUUAUAAGAAUUGGAAAGAAGAAGAUGGGAAAAAUAGAAAAGAUUCUACCGAUGUAAUAAAUGAGACGAAUGUUUCAUAUUUAGUUCCCAGACAGAAUUUGUCUAAAAUUGUUUCUUGUUCUAACAAUGAUAUCGAUAGUGAGAUAUCUAGUGGAGAAAGAAAUAAAACAUACCUGAUGAAAGAUAAUUUCGUAAAAGUGGAGAGAUUAAAAACAGAAGAGCUUAUUGAGAAAAAAAUGAAAGUAUUGAAUGAGAAAGAAAAAUAUAUGGCUUUCAGUACUCCUAUCGGCAAACGCAUAAAACAGUCUGCCUAUCCGAUAUUGUCACCUAUCAAGGGUAUUCGCGACACACUAAAUUCGAGAUAUGAAAAUUUGAUAACAAUUGAGAAGGAAAAUGUUCCCAUCGAGAUAUUCCCCGGGCGAAAGGAUUCUACUCGCUCGUUUACAUCGGAAUGUUAUAAAAUCGAUAUUAGAAAUAUGCAGAAACAACAGACACAAGUUUCGUCAUCGUUUCAAAAACUAACAGAACUUGUUAAGGCCGAAACAAUAUUGUCCAGUAAAGAUAUGCAUUCAGCUCUUAUUCAACAAUAUAAUACAAAAAACGAUAAGAUAACGGAAGUGCCGCUUUCUUUGAAUAUCUCCAGUAGUACUGAUCGGUCGCGAUCGUUAUUUGACGAUACAUCGCAUAACUAUAAUCGCUCGACACAGGAUAUCAUUGGAAACGAUAUACAAAAGCAAUGUGCUAUGGACGCAGUAGAAAACAUGUCGGUAGUCUACGCCGUAACCGGCGAUUGUUCUAACAUUCCAUCAAUAGCAAGUAAUUUUGAGCAUUCUAGAAAUUAUCCUAAAUUGCUCGAUGAUACGACUCAUCAACGAUAUAGCAACGAUAUAGAUAUGCAAGUACAAAGAUCUGUUUUUCUCAAACCGGGCAAAUGUUGGGCCAGAUCUUUGUCAAUUUUAAAUAACGUAAAUCCUGAGUCUAAUUUAGACAAACUGUGUACCGGUAAAGGAAAAAAGUGGAGACACAGCGUUAGGGAUAUAUUGGAUAUGCAGAAACAAGGAACUUUCCGGAACUGCUUGAAAAAAGAUCAAGAUGACACGAAAACAUUUUGUGAAAAACUCGAUACAUCAACUGUAUUAUCGUUAGGCGAUAACAGAUAUAAAACUUUCGAUUCAGCAAACCAUAAAUUUUCUAAAAGAAUCUCAAUACGAAUUGUACCUAUUAGCGAUGCAAACAUUAACGGCGAUGUCCAAGAUGCUCCAUUUCUCGAAGCUUUUGGAAUAACAACAGAGAAUUCACCUUUAAAAGAGAAUACGUUGGGUGGAAAAAAAUCGAUACACAAUGUCGAAUAUAAUGACAAAGACCGAACUUUUGAAAGUCAUUUAACAACUGCAAAAGACAUUGUUUUACAGAGAUGUUCGCAAAAACACUAUUUACCUUUCUCAGAAUGCUUCCCAGAUUCAUAUUUGGAACAUUGUCGCAAAAUUGGCGAAGGUGUUUACGGAGAAGUCUUCCUGUACGAACACGCUGGUGAGAAAUCGGUUAUAAAAAUUAUCCCUAUAGAAGGUGAAGAAUUGGUAAACGGGGAGUCGCAAAAAAAAUUUAAUGAAAUAUUAUCGGAAAUUGUGAUUGCAGAAGAAUUACACAAUCUAAGAUUACACUCUACAUAUAGGACCGAUGCAUUUGUGGAAGUUCGACGUAUCAGAUGUAUCAUAGGCAGAUAUCCGGAGAAACUUGUGAAACUUUGGAAUAUUUACGAUGACGACAAAACAUCUAAUAACGAUUGUCCGUCAAUGUUCGGGGAACAUCAGUUGUAUAUCGCUCUUGAACUCGGUCACGGUGGCGAAGAUCUCGAAGCUUUUGUUUUCCAAACCGCGCAAGAGGCUUAUGCUUUAUUUCUACAAACUGCAUUGGCAUUAGCAGUUGCAGAGAGGGCAUUCGAAUUCGAACAUAGAGACCUGCAUUGGGGCAAUAUAUUAAUAUCAAGAACUGAAGAGUCGCACAUGUAUUAUAAUCUUAAUGGGAGAGAAAUAAAAAUUCGUAGCAAUAAUGUGAAGGUAUCAGUCAUAGAUUACACUCUGUCGAGAAUGUUAUACCAUGGGUGUUGCAUAUACAAUGAUCUCGCAUUGGAUCCGGAUUUAUUUAUCGCUCAUGGCGAAUAUCAAUUUGAGAUUUAUCGUCUUAUGCGCGACAAAAUUCAGAAUAAUUGGCAGAAGUUUGAACCAUAUACAAAUAUUUUGUGGUUACAUUACACCUUGGAUAAAAUGAUAACAGCAGUAAGAUACAAAAAGAAAAAUCUGAGGGUGCACAAACAAGCUAUUAAUAAAUUAAAGAAACUUAAAAGUACAAUUUUAAAUUAUGAUAGUGCGUACAAUUUUAUAAGUGACUCUAAUAUCGAUAUAAAAAUACAUCAUUAAUUAACCAACACUGGUACACGUGCAUUAUAAUAUUUACAAACUUUAUCUCGCAUUUAAGUUUAUACAUUAUAUAUUAGUAAUAUUAGAUUUUUGUUUAAGAGACAUACAAUUUUAUUAAAAUAUGUAUUUAAAAGUUUGAUGAUACUUAUAGUUUCUCUUAUAAAAUUUAAUAAUAAAGAAAUAAAUGUGGCCAAGUUUCUAAUGGCCAUUUCCAAAAAUUAGCAAAUAUGAAGUAAAAGUAAAUACAUUAUCAUACGUGCUAUAAUUUUAAACUGAUAUUACCAUGAG